AACAGAGAUUUCUCCCCUCCAGCUGUGCACCUAUGGCGUAAGUAGUAUAUAGCACGGGCAGGCAGGCGGAACGUUUCGUCCUCGUUUCGUUUCUUUGGCAGCAGCAGGAAGCUUAAGCAAAAGUGUGCUGUGUUGUGCUGUGCUGUGGGUGUGGGCUUUGAUGUGAGCUGGUUUGUUUUUGGUUUUGGUUUCUUUCUCUCGUACUACCUUGCGUACGCGCGACAUGGCCGGUAGCGAGCAGCGGCAGGUGGUCAAGGCGGCGACGGCGGCCGGAAAUGGCAGCAGGUUUGCGGUGACGUGUGGCCUGCUGCGGCAGUACAUGAAGGAGCGUGGCGCCGGGAGCAGCGGCGGAGGCGGCAGAUUCUUGCCGGCGGUGACCAUGAGCCUCAUGGCUACUGCUGGAGCUGACGCCGGCGCCGUUGGUGUGGCGGCGGCGGUGGAGGAGGAGGAGGCGCCGGAGGAGAUCAAGACCAUGGAGCUCUUCCCUCAGCAGGCCGGGAUCAAAGACUCGCGGGAAAGGAACGAGACUGAGAAGGCGCAACUGAGUCAGCUGACCAUCUUCUACGGCGGGAGUGUGGUGGUGUUCGACGACUUCCCCGCCGAGAAGGCCGACGAGCUGAUGAAGUUCGCGGGCUCCCGCGACACGGCGCCCGUCUCAGACGACGACGCCGGCGCCGCCGCGGCGGCUCGCCAUCUUUCGCCGGGGCAGCCUUGCCUACCAGACAUGCCCAUCGCGAGGAAGGUGUCGCUGCAGAGGUUCCUGGAGAAGAGGAAGAACAGGCUCGCCGCGUCGGAGCAGCCGCCAUCCCCGGUGGCCUCGUCGUCGUCGCCGGAGCCGGAGAAGAAGGAGGAGUCGAGCAAGCGUGCCAAGAAAGACGAUGGCGCGUCGUGGCUCAAGGUGAACCCCACUCUCAGCCUGUGAUCGAGCCGGAGAAGAAGCUGAAGAUAGCUGGAGAUCAAGAAGAAAAUUAAAUUACUGCAGGCUUGAUUAAUUACUGCUACUGGGUUACUAUUUUCCACGUGUCUGUGUGGAACUGUGCGUGUGUGUUGAUCAUUUUUCCCCUCCAUUUCUACUAUUUUGCAACAGUUGCUGGUUGCUUCCGGGGAAUUACUAGCUAGGGUAGCUACGACUGGUUAAACCACUCUGUCAGCCUAUCUGUUUGUUUGAGAAUUCUUUGGUUAUUUGAAGAAUUCUUUCAUGCUGAUCUUGCAUGUAAAGAUCCAUGCAAGCACACGGAUUGAUGCUUGUCGGAUCUAUGGCUUGUAAAUCCGAAUAAAAUGGCUAACAAAGGUAGUG